CACAAAUAAAAACACACACCCAAACCCCCACCCAACUGCCCCUCUCCACUCAGCAAUGUGACACAUCUGAAAAUGACCAAGGGAUUCACAGUCAACCAUAUAUCUCUCUAAAAGAUCUAACCCUUUGGAUUUCAAUCUCCCAUAUUUGUUGCACCUUGAAACCUUUUUUCCAGAAAUACCCCUGCUCUUCAACCCUCUUUUACUGAUUAUCAUAAAGUUUUCCGUUGAUCCACAAUUUUGCUUGGGUCUUUCCAGUGUACCAUGAACCCCCAUUCCUUCCUAGCUUUCAAAGUAUUGGUAUUAGCAUAAAUUUUCAACCCCAUCAGCCUCGUUCUCACUGUCUCUUUAAUGAUUGAGCAUAAUUCAUCCACAGUUCUUUGUUUAUUUUGGAAUAACCUCAAGUUUCUUUCUUGCCAAACAUAAUACACCAUAGCAGCCACUAAAAGUCUUUGAAUAAUCUAUAUUACUAUAUAAAGCAUUUCCCAUGGAUAGAAUUGUCAUUUCUAUACAAAUUUUUAAGAUGGCAUACAAAGAGUCAAGUUAAAAUACAUAACUUUUUACCAUUCUCUUCCAUUCCUACCCCUCUUUCGUUUUAUCUAUACUAUACUUGUUGAAUACAUACACUAAAUUCAGGAUCUGCUUACCCAUCAAUGUGACUCUUCAAAGGCAGUCAUCAAUGUAACUCUUCAAAAGGCAAAUGGUUCACCAUCUCAAAUCGUCUCUUUCACUUUCCCAAACAUCCGAAACUCACCACAAUCAACCAUUACCAUUUCCUCUCCAAAGACUCCUACCCCACAAUGAAUCGGCAAGUGAAGCUUAAAAGUUAUUGAAUCGGCCGGUGAAGAUUAACCCCAACGAUGUUCGAUUAAAGUGUUCGAAUCCAGGAGGCGUUCUUUCCAGGCAAAGGCGCCAAGAUGGCUACUGCUGUCAAGAUUCGUAGCGAUAACUAAAGAAUUUGGGGUGAUGUUAAUCUGUGAAAAGGAUCCAUACCCACCCUCGUAUUGUCUACAAGAGAGUUUUAUUACAGUAUGUGUUAUUUAUAGAUAUAUUUUUAAAAUGUUAUAUGUUAUGUUAUAUAGAUAUUAUUUUGCUUAUAUUUGUUGUUAUUUGAUCUUUACAAGGAAUGAUGACAAGAACGACCAACGACAGGGGUCUGGCUGCAAAAAAAUUUUAACAACAUAAAGAAUUACCUGAGGUGAACCGAAGCAAUCAUCAAAGAGUAUUGAGAUCUUUGAAGAUGAGGAGGAUGAUCAAUCUGUACCCAUGGUUUUGGUUGUUGGAGGUGGAGAUGGUGGCGUCUUGCGUGAAGUAGCUCGCCAUUCUUCUGUUGAGCACGUUGAUAUUUGUGAGAUCGAUAAGAUGGUCGUUCAUGAGGAAGAUGAAGAACGAUCGGAUAGAUGGAAGAACUUUCUAGAACGACAGUCAGAGUGCGUUCAAUUGCCUGCAAAUGGCUCAUCCACACAGGAAAAAAAAAGCAGAUUCAGUUGACGGCAGCUCUGAUAAGACUCAAGAAGGAGAUGAUGGUUUAAAAGAACCCGAAGCUCAAAAGGAUGAAGCUUCUUCAAAAAUUCAUCGGGCCCAAAUAUGGGCUCAGAUUAGGCCAUCACUUCGAGCCAUCGAAGAUAUGAUGAAUGCCCGUGUUAAGAAAAAGAUUAAUACCACAAAAACAGAGAAAAUUACUGGAGCCGAAGACGACUCUGAAGAUGAGUUUUAUGAUCUGGAGAGAUCCGAAUCCGACCCGAUUCCCGAGGUCUUGCCGACUGAUGGCGUCAGUGUCCCAACUGACGGCUCACUGGAAUCGUCAAUUCCAUGGAAACAGGAGUUGGAGUUUCUUGUUCAAGGUGGAGUGCCAAUGGCGGUGAGGGGAGAGCUCUGGCAAGCUUUUGUGGGUGUGAAGGCUAGACACGUUAAAAACUAUUAUGAGAAUCUUCUACUUCAUGACAGUAAGAAUGAUAACAGUGUGGACCAUCAACGAUCAGAAGUAGAUGAAGCAAAUAAUAAUAACAGUGUGGACGUCUAUUAGGUUUCCUGAGGGCAAAGAAGUAAUGGAUUUGAGGGUUAUGAGCAUGGUUGCAAAAGUCGUUAGGCGCUCCCUAGUCGAUCGACCGGGGAGUUGAGAGUACUCGGCUUAGGUGGAGAGUACACGGGAGUACUCGGACAUGCCAAAUUAUGAAAAAAUUAUUUUUUGGAAAUUAAAUAUGUUUCAAGUAACAUAAAUUUAAUAAUAUUUAUAACAAAAUACGUGAAAUUGA